AUGGUUAUGACCGCGCUUAACGGUUACCAUGCUUCCACCUCACACCAAACGCCAUUUCCCCUCGCAAAUGGACAUGAUGCAUCCAUGGCCGGGGAGGACGAGUUCUCCAUGAAGGCGCUGGAGGACGAGCUGACCGCGAUAGAGGAGGGAGUUGUGCCGCUGGGAAUGCUGGUGCAGAGGGUAGUGCAGGCUUGUUACGCAGAGCUUCAAGAAUUGCACGAGACUCUUCCGACUACGAAUGAUCAUAACCGGAAACACAAACUGGCGAAUUUCGCCGUUGGUUGGAAGCGACAUAUCGCAAAGGUUUACGCAGUGGCCAAAUGGUCUCGAGACGCCGAAGUCAUCAAGAAAUGCAUGAGCAUAAUCGCAUUUCUUGGCGAACAUAACACCCACUUCACAGGCGCGCUGGAGAAACUGGGCUUGAUCAAGGACAAUAUUGAGCCAGUACGACACCGCAAUCAUGACCUGCUCACCUCGUUGGACGUUCUCACGACAGGCACAUACCGGCGCUUACCCUCUCGCGUCAAACGCGACUUCAUACCGCGAGAGCCCUUGACAGACGAACAAGUCGCGCGCACCCUGUCACGCGUCGAGAAUGCCAUCCGUUAUCGUCUGCGCAUGGACGAGGUUGUGCCCAUUGAAAUGUCUACGUACCGAAUAUACGAUGGCAGGGCGUUCUUUACUGUACCCGGACUAUUCGAGACGUCGAUCUGCGUUCUCGGACAAGAGAAGUCGGACAUGUGGUUCUUCUCAGACGUCAGAUUCCUCUUCACCGUGGGCGGUGAAGUAGCGAGCAUCGAGGACUUCCCUACGGAGCCUACUGGGAGUAUGCUACAGCAUAUAGCGGACGAGGCGGACCGCAGAAUGGGCAUUUACCGCGCCCAGCCUCCUCCUGAACUACCAGAAGGCGUACCGCCACCGCCACCGCCACCCGAGCUACCGGAAGGCACUGUGGACGCACCACUCGUGCGGCUAUACAACUUUCUUCAGAUGAUGUCACUAUCCUACCAGCUCGAGGUUCUGCUCUUACAGGCCCAACGAUUACGUUCUCUUGGUUGGGCCGAAUACCUGAGAGUACAAAUGAGUGCAGACCGGCACACGCUGACACUCUCGUACUGGGUACGAAAACCGCCACCAGCAGAUCGGCCAGCACCAAAGAACCCACUACCGUCCUUCGGUGGCACCGUCACGAUCUCCCUAGUAGCUUCGAACCGACCGCAGCGCAAGCCGAAGGCCCGCAUCCUCGCUGAACUUCAAGCACGUGCACGUUUGGGAGGCCGCCGACCUUCGGACGACGUCGAAUCUAUGAGAUGGGAGGUCAAGUGGGAGCCACAAAUGGGCGCCCUUGGCAUUCCGCUCUCCCCAGGAGACGACGUUCUCAGCGACUCGGAACUCUCUGUGGAUCCUGCGGACCUGGACGUGGAGAAGAUCCUGCGCGCGGCAAUAUACAAGCAUAUCCGCGGCAUUUGGAACAUCUGUAUUCGUCAACUUAAAAACAGUACAGUGUUCGCGGCGGCAGAUGCGGUGGUUCUGGUACCUGGUUCGGAUGGCUCCUCCUCACUUCGUGUGGUCCUCUGCGCAGAUGAGAUGGUCUUCGUGUCCUUAGACGCACGCACUGGUCUUGUCAAUCUUCGCGACACUGGGGAUCUAGGCGUUGCCGGCCGCGCUCCUCGCUUCGUGUCUAUCACAGACAAGUUGAACGAAAAUCCGUCCUUCCUACUACAAGCUCUCGUCCGCCUACGACUGAACACUAUCGUCGACAUUGCAGAGCAGAAGGCCAAUUACCUUGGCUUCCAAACGUUCAGGACGCGCAACCUGAGCGAACACGAUGUGUCCAAGUUCGGCCGCACCGCCCGACCUUCCCUCUACAUUCAGCUCGAGCCUUACCCGACCCAUUACCUGGUUCUAGUUGUUGCCGAUGACGAUUUCCGUUACGCCCUCAUCAGCACGAGUCCGGUGGCUGGGAGCAUGUACCAGCACUUCUCAGUUAACGACAUUGGCUGGCUAGAUGUUUCCCGUAUAUGCUCCCGACCCAAUGCGGAGGAUGCUACUGCUCCUCCAUCUCUCGGAAAGCGCAAACGGGACGAAGGCCGCGACUCUGUUGACUCGAGAUAUAAGCUUGAGACGUCCGUUCUACGCGAGUUAUAUGCCUACUGUUGUGCACGCGUAUCACACACCAAGGUCGAAAGACAGUUCAAGGACCGCGGCAUCCCUUAUUCGCAUGUCUUCCCUCCCGCUGGCUCUUCGUCUCCGUUGCCAUCGAUGCUCUCCAACGCACAUUCUUCAUUGUCCGCCGCCAUUCCAGCCCUUUGCGUACAAUCAGCAGACAUCCUCGCCGGCUCUCAGGCCUAUGAGGCUGCGAUGCCCAACAUCCGCGUCAUCCCACUUGCAUGGUGGUCUGCGUCCGCCGCCAAAGCGGGAGAGAAGCCGCCACAGGUUGUCACGUGCGUGAAAUUGAAAUAUGUCCAACAGCCUGUGGGGCGGCGUGCGGGGACCGACCCCGGGAAGGGCGUUAUCCGGCCAUCAAAACGGAUUGUGUACGACGCGAACGAGGCUGUCGUGUGUUUCCUGGCAGAUCAGGUCGAGGGCUGCGUGGACAUGUUCUUGAAGGAAUGGGCGAGCGUCUCUAAGAUCGUUGUCAUAGCCCGAGAAGUCGCUCAGAUGACGAAGCGAUGGAAGGACGUCCGACUACUAUCCUUCGACUUGCAGACCGUCGAGUUUGCCUACGCCUCUGACUACGUGGUCUCUGUCACCGGAGACGACCCGUCGGAUCCGAUAGGUGGUUCCUUCAACCUACAUUUCUCACGCCUCGCAUCCACCACUCCGCCGCCAACUGCCUCAUCUUCAGCGACCGGUUUCACGACAUCUUCUCGACGCUCAUACAACCCGCACUCAGACGCCGAACCAUUCUUCAUGGACCUCUUGCGCAACAGUCGUAUAUCGGCCUGCCUGCCCGCUCUCGUUGACAUCCUCCGCAACACCGUACCGAUCAUCGAAGUGCUCGAGGAAAUACGGUCAGCUGCUAUCGCUGCGAUGGACCUGGGUGGUGCGAGCGAGGAGGGUUGGUCGUGGGCUGAUGUUGACACCUACCCGAAGGCCACCGGCUGGUGGCGCGCUUCCUUCGGUCAUAACGCACAACACGCACUCGACCUACGGCUUAUGCAGGGCGCGCGCAUCGCUAUCGUCGACGCUUCGUAUAUCCCGAAAGCCCGAGCUGGCAUGACCUCUACAUGCGCAGUAGACGAGUCUCUCUUGCUUCGUCCGAUACUCAACUUCGACAAGGUCGUCGACACCGCCACGAAAGACUUCCGCCCGCAAAGACGCGGAAGCAUAGCGCGAACCGACGUAGGGAUCGUUUGUGACGUUGCUGAUGCAGCUACGCUCGCAAGGAGGGUGUGGGAAGGCGUACUCGGCGAGUUCGGUGUCAUGGUCGGGUCAAGCUCGCAUGGAUAA